AUGGAUUUCGUCGUCGGUACCGUUAACUCCUGUGGCUUACGCCGCAAACGCCCCCUCAUAAAAAACCUCCUGCACUCUGACCAAAUUCAGAUCCUCUCAAUAACUGAAACCAAACUAACUUCCAACGCCGUCCUCUCUUUCAGAGACUACAAAACAUUUCAAAAAAACAGUUCCCUCAGGGGAGCACGCGGAACGGCCCUGCUUAUCAGGGACCGCUUUCCCUCCACUCCAUUAACACUUCCGCCCCACCUUCAACACCUAGAAUGUGUUGCCGCCACCGUCCACUUCCCCAACAUCAAUAUCAGCUUCUUCAGUUUUUACAAUCCACCCAAUGACCCCCUCCCGGAUGACCUAUUUCGGUAUAUCUCCACACUCCGCCACACCGUGUUGCUGGGGGAUCUUAACUCCCGAAACACCCUCUUCGGCGAUUCCACCUGCAACCCCAACGGCAUUAUUCUCGCCAACCACCUAAUAACCCUUCCUAUCUGUCGUGUUAACAACACCACCCCAACCUUUGUCUCGCACAACGGAACUUCUAUUGUCGACCAUAUCAUUUUCACCGAACCCCUCUUCCGCUACAUCGACGCCAACUGCUUCCUAGGCACCACAAUCACCUCCGAUCAUCUUCCUUUGCUUGUCCGCACGAACUUCAGCCCGCCCCCUGCUCUUCCGCCCACGGUGAUCUAUAAAAAAGACUUUUCCAGAGCCAACUGGAAAGUUUUUGCCCAACACAUCACCGAAAACAUUCAGCCACACCCUUCUCUCGAAACACCACAAGACGUCGACUCGGCAGUCGACACACUUACCACCACCAUUUCCGAUGCAGUCUCCAUCGCCGUCCCUACGAAACCCCAUCAUCUCUAUCGCCAGAAGCUCCCUGAUAGGAUACUUAAUCUCAUUAGGGAGAAGAGGCGAGUGUUCCGUCAAUACCUACGAUCCCGUGACGCCGCGCUCAAGACACAAUACAACAGACUGAACUCCCUAAUAAGACGAGAAACGACACGACUAACUGAAGAGAACUGGGUCAGGGUGACUUCCGCUCUGGACUACAGAGACGGACGUCGAUACUGGCACCAGUUCAACGUACUGACCGGCAACAGAAAAAUCCAACGAACCCACCUAACAGACCAAGGAGGCAACAUAGUAUCCACAGACAAAGACAAGGCAGAUUUAUUUGCCAGACACCUACAAGAAGCCUUUCAAUCACCCGACCUUCCCAACUACGAUCUCGAGUUUAAGCUGGCGGUUGAACAGCGACACCCCGACUACAGUAAAAACCCACGACAACAACACGAAGACGUUCACCUAUACCUGAACAACACACCGCUACAGCUCACAAACCGAAUCAAGUACUUGGGAGUUCAUCUCACAAGUACGUUGAAUUGGAACCACGACCUAACGCUCACACUAGACAAAGUUAGGAAACGCAUACAACUACUGAGCGCCCUUCGGGGUCGCAUCAACGGAUUCAACGACACCAAAUCGCCGCCUGCGAACGCAAUAUCUUACGGAAAAUACACAGACUCGAUCCACGCCACCCUUCCGACCUUACCAUCGAACACGCAAACAUACAACCUAUCACACACAGACUCGCAUCCCUACAAACAAGAUUUGCACAGCGCAGGGUCCACGGCGACACCCAGCCCACCAAAGAUAUCCUAA